AUGGGAAAUUUAUUGAAAAUAUUGAGCAACAAUUGCUUAGAUAGCACUCAUGGAUUCUCGGAAGAAAUCUUCCUUGAUUUCGACAAUGUCAUUCCAAAAGAAGAGGAGCGCCAAGUUUACAAUACAGUGAGUCCUAUUCUUGCUGAAUCACAGGACAUUCUCAGAGAUCUCACAAAUUACGAAGGUGCCGCUGCAGAAAUUAAGAAAUGCAUCCAGUCGCCUUCGGAUCAAGAGCACAAAGAUCAUACUUGGAACACACUUUUGCCUCUCGUCGUCAGAUUGAAAAGAUAUUUUGAGUUUUCAUCCGCGCUUACAGAUGCGUAUAUCGACAUAAUUAGAGAACUGACAAGACAUCAAGGAACUGCCACUCAUCAACUUGAGCAAAAACAAGCACUGGCAAGACAACUGGGUGAUCUUCUUCAUUUUACUCUGAAUUUCGACAAGAAGAAAAUGGAGAACUCUCAGAUUCAAAACGACUACAGUUUCUUCAGACGACUGACAAACCAUUAUUCGCGAAUGAAAGACGUUCAACUUCCCGGCGAAAAGAACGAAGAACUGAGUCAAGCUCAAGCCAACGACAUCUCUUUCUUCUACGCCAAGCCCACGCCGAUGCUCUCAAUUCUAUCAGAAGCCACUGUAAAAUUCGUCGACGGUCAAAACGAAGACGUCAAACUCAAGACGCUUACCAUCUUGAGCACUUUUGCCAACAUCACAAAAACCAUGAUUGAAAAAAAUGAGUUCCGAUCGAAGCUUUCGACAGAGUCCAUUCAAUUAUGCGAGAGAGUCAUGACAGCAGCAAUCAUCCUUUAUGACCAUGUUCAUCCAAACGGUGCCUUCGAGAAAAAAUCCGCCAUCGAUGUCAAAGGGGCCAUCAAGCUUCUUUUGUCACCAGAUGAGAACAAUGCUAUGCUGAACGCACUGCGCUACACAACGAAAACGAUAAACUCAGACUCGACCCAGAAGCAAAUCAAGCAACUCCUCGAAGUCAAAAGCUAG